AUGAUUAAGUACAGUUGCUGCUGGCUGUCUAUUGUCUGCUACAUCUGGCGGACGCACAAGCUGGCUGAGCCAGAGCCAGAGCCACAGGCUGCCAGCGCCGCGGACGACGACGACGACGACGACGACGACGACGACGACGACGAGGAUGUGCUCAGCCAGCGGCCAGACAAUAGUAGAGCAGGCACGCAGGAGACUUUAACAGCAAGGACAAUUAGCGGGAGAAAGCCGCGGUAUCGACUGACUGGCAAACAGACGCAAGCGCUGUGGCAGAUCUAG